AUGCCCGAUAGCACACGCCGGGAGGCCGAGGACAGGAGCGAAGAGGGCUCGGUCUCGUUGCCGGACCUGGGAGAUAGCAUCGAUGCCGUGACCUUCGAGCAGAUCUUGGAGAUGGAUGACGAGGAAGAUGAGCGCGAGUUCUCCCGGUCCAUUGUCUUUGGUUUCUUUGAGCAGGCCGAGCAAACAUUCAAGAAGAUGGACGAUGCGCUGAAGGAAGGAGAUCUCGCAACACUCUCUUCACUGGGCCAUUUCCUGAAAGGAUCAUCCGCUACGCUCGGUCUAACGAAGGUCAAGGACAGCUGCGAAAAAAUCCAGCACUACGGGCAGAAAAAGGACGAGGAGGGCACGAUCGACGAACCUGACGAGGCAAAGUGCUUGGAGAGGAUCAAGGAGACAUUGGUGGCCGUGAAGGAGGAAUAUGCCGAGGUGGAGAAGGUUCUGAAGAAGUUCUACGGAAGCUGA